AAUAUGACCAGCGUAUUUUAUGUGGAACCCGAAUUAGUCAUUGCCCUAAAUAGGAGUGUUAUUUUUGUGAAUCCAAAUGACUUGCAAAUAUUUAAGGAAAUCAUUUUACCAGAGGACUUGACAAGCUGUGGCUUAAAAGAAGGAGGAAAUGUAAACAAUGAGGAUAAUGAACAAGGUGAUGAGAAAACCACACAUAAACAAAAUCUGACCAAGGAACUGCCAACAAUACAACAUGUUAAGAUGUCACCGAAUCGCCAACUGGUGGCCAUAACCACUUCAGGACAAAAAGCUGUGCUGUUAUACACCUUGCGACCUGAACUUGCUAAAUUGGUGUCGAUAAGAAAUUUGGCUCGUGCCUCCAGUGCCAUUACAUUUAGUGCGGAUUCUAAACGUUUGCUGGUGUGCGACAAGACUGGAGAUUGUUAUGAAUAUAGUUGUGAAGAUUUCGAGGCAGCUCCCAAAAUUCUAUUGGGUCACUUGAGUAUUGUCUAUGAUGUAUUGUGGUCAGCGGAUGAAAAAUACAUUGUAACCUGUGAUAGAGAUGAUAAAAUACGUGUUACCAAUUAUCCCGAGACAGCAGAAAUCCACACAUACUGUUUGGGUCACAAGGAGUUCGUCGCUGGCAUGGCAUUGCUGAAUGAGAACACUUUGUUAUCCGUUUCUGGUGAUAAAACCCUAAAACUGUGGAACUACAAAGAAGGCAAAGAAUUGAAGACAAUCGAAUUACCAGCACCUGGUAUUAAAUUAGCUUUAAAAUGUCACAAUUCAAAUAAAUUUGAAUUGGCCGUGUUGUUGCAUCAACCCAAUGAAUGUGUGGUGCAAUACGAAAUUACCCAAGGAGAAAAUGGACAAUGGGAAUUUAGUGUCGGGGAGGUGUUAAAUUUCCCAGAUGUUAUUUGCUGCAAUUUGGCUUAUGCCGGAGAACGUCUUUAUGUUGUGGGUGUUGUCAAUGAUCAUUUGACGAUAAGAUUGUCACCCCAAAGCCCCGAGCCACCAACAAAUUGGUUGAGCGUCAUAGAAGAACAAUUCAAAGAUUACACCUGGACACCCGAAGAUAUCUCAGCAUGGUUUAAAAAGAAAUUCGAUAAUGUUAGUGAAUAUUUGGAACGUAAAAAGAGACGCAUCGAAGAGAAACAAAAAUAA